CGAACGGGCCACACGAUAUGUACAUUGGUACGUUGUACAAUAGUACCGUACAGUGUGCAUACAUUUACGAUCGCAUCGUUCGAGUGUUCUCAAACAUUUGAAUUGUUAUUAUUAUUGAACUUGGUCCGUGUACGGUUCUGUGGUAUUUUAUUUUUUUAACUGUACGCACACACACACACGCACACACGCACACAUACAUACUAAAAAUAGUAUAGUUUUGCGUUGGUCAAUAAUUAAUGAUAAUAAAAUUAGUGGACCGCUCUAUUGCUCUAUUAAGGUACACGGCACGAAACGGACCAACGGGAUCUCGUCGUGGAUAGUAAAGACGCCAUAGUUCGGACGACCGUGCCGCGGUAAAAAUCCACCGAUAGAACACCAAUAACGGUAGCUGCGCGUUUGUCACCAUACGCGGUUCAAUCGUCGCGAAGCGGACGGCGGCAACCGUUUUGCGCGCAACAGGACCGCAAUACCGACCAGUGGACGUGGUGGUUUUCGCCGUGGUUCCAGCGGGACAACACGGACUUCCCGUCGGUCCGAACGACAGCACCAGCCACGGCGGCGGCGACGACGACGACGACGGCGGGACCGGAGUAAACGUCCGGUUGUGUCGGUUGCUAUAAUGUCCGUGUGGUCAUCGUCGUUAUCGUUGCUGCUGCUGCUGCUGCCGUCACCGCCGCCGCCGUCGUCGUCGUCGUCGUCGUCCGGGUCUCAGUCUUUUCGGUACCGUAGUCCGUGUCGUCGUCGUCGUCCGACCGCCACUCCGCCGCCGACCUUGCCGCGUCCGUCGUCCGCUUCACCGUCAUCGUCCUGUUCGCUGUUGCUCUGGAGCGGGCGAACGACAAUCAUGUCCAUAUAGCCCCGCGACCGAUGCUACCGGUGGUCUCGUAGUAGUGGUUUCGCCGUCUCAUCCGCCGAAAAGGUAAGACACGGUCGUCCGCCGGGACCCGAGGAUCGGGUUUGACGGAUUUUGUCUGUUGACUGUUCCGGACGUUUCGGUCGGCGGCGGCGGCGAAAAACUAGUAGCCUUGAGUGAGACCAGCCGCCCGCCGCCGCCGCGGGUCAUAUGUUUUCCCGCAGCAGCUGCUGCGAUUUCCCCCCCGUGCGGUUGGCCGUAGGGCACGCGAUACGCGCGUACUUUUUUUUUUUUCGAGUCCCGCACGCGGUGCGUUCAGUACUCCGGUCCGAGGACCACGGUCAAUGCGAUGCGGCGGUAUCGGCUGCGCUUUCGCCGUCCACAAGAGUCGGCAUUGACCGUACACUAAUCCGCUGUCCGCUCCACGACCGACCGACCGACCGACCGACCGUGCGAGCGCCGGCUCCAGAAUGCGUCGCCGGUGUGGAAUCUCACGGUGUCGUCGAUUCCCCGAUCUGUAUUAUCAAUUUAUCGCGGAGCGCGUAUCCGUCUUGGCUUGUUAAUUUCCGCACGUCGAUGUCGCCCGCAGCCGCGGACGCCGAGUGGUGGUGCCCGCAGAUACGCAACGCAACGUCUGCGAUCCGCCGUGUGUCGGUCGUGCGCCGCGUUCUGCUCUCGGCACGAUAAUAUUAUGCAAUCGUUAUUGUAGUAGCCGGACACUCGAGAAAAAAAAAACAAUCGUCGGGUGUGUUGGAUUUUAUUCGUUUUUUUUUUUAUUUCUACAUUAUUGAUACCUAGAAAAAAAAAACGGUCAGAGAACACCGCGCAAUAAUCGGUACGGCCCGACGAUAGUGCCAGAUAUGUUAAUCGAAUAUUGCAGCCGACGGCACAUUCCGGUGCCCGUAUUAUUUUGCCAUUUCGUUUCGUUCGGACGAUCGUAGAUAUCGUGGUGAUAAUUUAUUCUUGCGAACAAUCUAUGUAUUAAAUAACAUCGAUGUAUCGUGCCCACCUAUGCUGCGCGGAGAAAGCGUUCGAUUUCCAAGUUCGUACGCGAUAUUUUUCGUCCGCGGUUCGCAUUGUACCUACCUACCCACCUACCUACUGCCGUGAUACCUAAUACCCAGUUAUUGGUUACCUACCGACUACAUGAUACAGACCUGAUUAAAGAUUAGUUUUGUUUCGGUGUGCAGUUGUAAUUAUACAACGAUAUUACAGAGGUUGUUUUUAAUUCAUCGUAAUAUUUUGCGCACAUUUUGUGGUCGUGUCGUUAACGUUUUCAAAGUUUAAUGACACUGUUCACGUUUCACCAUUAGAGGCGUGAUAUAUUUAUUAUUAAAAUGCCAUCACUUUUGUAAACUAAUAUCGAUGCAAUGAUAUAAAGAUAAAAUCGUUAUCUUAUGUGGUUUUUAUUAUUAUUAUUAUUAUUAUUAUUAUUUUUUUUUUUUUUUUUUCUGUUCAGAUUUAUUUUUUAUUAUUUAUUUGGCUAUCACUCUUAUCAGUAAGAUUGCAUUGCCCAUUUCAUUUUAUUCACUGUUGUGGUGUGGUAAUGAUCGCUGUAAAUGUUUAGAUGGGGAAUCCAACGCGAUUUAUGGUUUCAUGGGACGAUCAUUCUACACAUUUAGUGGCGCGUCUUGGAUACCUUUUGGAACGUCAGCAAUUGGUCGACGUCACUUUGAUGUGUAACACGCACAGCCUUAAAGUUCAUAGAUCGGUUCUUGCAGCUUGCAGCCCGUAUUUUGAGGUAAUUAUUUUAUAAUACAUACAAUAAUCAAUAUUUGGUUUUAUAAACAUUUGUGUAUUAUAUUAUUAUUUCGUUAUAGUUUCUCGGUUGUAUUGAUAGAUUCUGUAUUUUCUUAAUAUAGUCGUGUAAUGUUUGCCACUUGUGUUGUUAAUAUUCAACCACGGAACACUUUGUUUAGAAUAUAAAAUCGUCUUAUCUUUUAAAUCCCGGAAUGUGUAAAACACCUUACUUAUUAUUCAAUUUUGAAUUGCCUUUAGUAAAGAUAAUUUAUCGGAAUUCAACUAACGUAUUGGUCGGCUAACCUUUUCUAUAAUAAGUGUAAUUGUUUCUUAUUCAAAUCAAUUUGUAACUGUAUUCUGGAUACAAUAUUGAAAACUUUUGGAUUUUAUAACUGUUUUAAAUCGAUGCAGUGCAUUAACUAUAUAUAUAAUUCUAAUUAAUUAUUUACAUUUUAGCGUGAAUUGGGUAACCACCCUAUGAUUGUUCUCAAAGAUAUGAAAUUUAGUGUGCUCAAAUCAUUAAUCGAGUUCAUGUAUUGUGGCGAAACAAAUGUUACCGAGGAUAAUUUGCAUGCUCUUGUGGAAGCGGCUAAAUUUUUUGAGGUAAUUUGUUUUUUUUUUUUUUUUACUUUACAGCUAAGACAUGGAUAUCUACCAUUAAACAAACAAACAAAACAAAUUAAGUAUUUUAAGUAACAUACAAUAUAGUUAGAACUAAUAUGCUUAAACCUACAAACAGCGAAAAUAAAUUGUAAUAAUACAAAAAAGAAAAACCCAUUAUUAUUGAAUAUUAAUUUUUAUUAUUGUUAUGAAAUAGGUAUAUUUGAUAUAUAUAUAUUUAUUAAUCAUGUAUCAUACACCGGCAAUAACAAUAGCAUAACUUAAAAAAAGUAAUGUUCCAAAGAAGAAAAUUUAGCUAACAAUUAUGUGGAUAUAUUCGAAAAUAUUGGCUCAUCAAAGGCUAUAAUGUGUUUAGCAUUUCAUUCAUUCAAACAGAUUAGUAUUAGUUAUUUAUAAUUUUUAUUUUGUUGAACAAUAAAAAAAAAAAAUAUGUAUAUUAUAUUAUAGGGUUGAGUCAUCUAUAGCCAGUAUCACUGCCAUGGCCACUCAUUUGUAUUUUAUUCGUCAAUCGUGUAAUUUUGUAAUUUGAUAUUCCAUAUGGUUAUUUUUAUAUUUAUCUAUAUUAUGAUGGGUGGGCUACUGUUAUAGGUGAGAAGCUAGGUAGAAUGUAGAGGGAAAUUUAAUUUAUAAACCAUUGCUAACGAAAAACAAUUCAUACCUAAGUUUUUUUUUUAUACAUAUAAGUCAAUUUUCUCAUUUUUCCUCAACUAUUAUGAAAACUGAUGGGAAAAUCAAAAAAUUACCUCCCUAAAGUACCACACAGAUAAAAUUACUUUUCAAAAAAAGUACUAUACUUGAAAAUCGAAACAAGAUUUCUGGUAAAAAGUUAUUCUCUGAUGAAAAAAAAAAUAAACAUCAUUGUAAAAUCAAUACAUUCCUUGCUACGCUCUAAAUCAAAAAAAAAAAAAAAUAUAUUUGUAAAUUUUUACAUGUAUAGUGAGAAAAUAUAUAUAUAAACUGUUAAAAAUUCAGUCACUACUUGCCUACUUUCCACAUAAAAUUAUAAAUUGUGUUUAUGGUAUUUAGUAUUUAAAAAAAUACGAUAACUAUAAGUUAUUUUAGAAUUUUUAAAUUUGUUUGGUAUUGGGAUACAUUUUUUUGGAAAAAAAUUAUUAUAUAAAAAUAAUAGAUGUUAUUAUAUUAAAAAUAUUUCUCUAAGUUUUGAUGCUAAAUAGUAUUGACAUUGUAUACUUUAGGUAAAUUUGUGUUGUCUAAUAUUAUUUCAUAUGGUCACUUUAUACAGUUAUUUAGUAAGAGAAAUAAACUAUAGAUAUUCAAAUAUUUUGUUUACAUAAAUUUUAUUUACCUUGUUCUAAAUGGACAGUUUGUUAUAAUAUGUUAGAUUUAUAUAUUUGUCAAUUUUAUAAUUUUAAAAACUUGCCAUAGAUAUUUAUUCAAUAUAUGUAUGUAUGUAUGUAUGUAUAAAUAAUUCUAAUUCGGAGACUUAAGGCUGUUUUUGCAAUGUUCUGUGUAGUAUUUAUUAACCAAAAUAAUUUUGCUGGUUGGCGGCAAAUAUAAUCACCAGUUUGUGCUAACACUUUGUAAGAAUAAUAUUAAAUUGUAUUUAUUUCUUUGUGCUAAUAGGAAAAAAUAAGUUAAAAACCAUUUAAUGAUUAACAAGCUUCAUAUAAUGUUUAAUUGUAUUAUACAAGGUGAUCUUUUUAUCACGAAUCAGCAAUUAUUUCAGAGGAUUUUAAGUGAAUUUGAUUUCUGUUUUUUUCUAAUCAUUAUGGAAUCGUUUAAGUUCUGUUUUAAAACUAUUUUUAAUUUGUUACCCUUACUCCAUAUACCUUCAAUAAGUGCAUACUUUAGAUUUUCAAAUAAGACCCCCCCCCCUUUUAAACACAGAUUUGAAUAGAGAAUAUUUGUAUAGAAAUUUUGAUAUGCAUCACAGUAAUAUCAGAUUUACCGUUUAUCAGUUAUACCAGUUUAAAGUUUAGACCGGAGGAAUAGAAAAGGGUAAUAAAUUGCCUAUCUAUGACUUCUCUACUCUUCCGAUCUAAACUUUACACUGUUGUAACUCAUAAACGGUAUUAAUGUGAUGCAUAUCAAAAUGUCUAGAAAAAUAUUCUCUAUUCAAAUCUGUGUUCAAAAGAGAGGUUCCUAUUUAGAAAUCAAAAAUAUGUACUUAUUUAAGGUAUAUGGAGUAGAGGUAAAAAAUUAAAAAUGGUUUUAAAACAAAACUUAAAUGAUUCAAAGAUGAUUAGAAAAAACAGAAAUUAAAUUCACUUAAAAUCCUCGUAGAUAAUUUCUGAUUCAUGAUAAAAAAAUCACUCUGUAUAGGUACCCACAUAUUUAUUUAUUUGACAAAUUUUCCUGAGAUCCUUUAACAAAAUAGCAAUAAAUACAUAAAUAUAUUUUAUAAAUUUUCAAUAUUUCAAAUUAUACGUUUUAAUGAUUUACAUUUUAAGAAUAUAUUCUUUUUGUUAUAUUCAUUUCCUGAAUAAAGAACAAAGUGAGAAAGUUUUACAAUGAUUUUAUUUUUAAUGGGUCCUAUAAUAUUCAGUUCUUACUUACAGAUGACUUAUAGAUACAUAAUUGGAUAAUAUUUUAAUUGUUCAACAUUUUGAAAAGAACAUUUCAUCUACCAAAGACCCUACUGAAAUAAAUUUAAAAAAAAACCCAGCACCAAUUACGCUCCUAACUUAUAUUUGCAUGAAUUGUAAACUAUACAUUUCUGUAAUAGUUUUGUAUACAAUGUUGUUUAGUAUUACACUAGUGGCACCCCCCCCUCUUUCCAAAUUUGUUUUUUUCUACUACAGUAGUACCUACUAAUAUUAUUAAAAUUUGGUUGAAAUGUUAUAAUGAUUUAAGUGAAUAAUUCUAUUGUAACUAUAAAUUGUCUUAGAUAAUUGUAUGCAAUACAAUUUUAACUUUCUAUAAAUUUUAGUAAUUUGUCUACUGAUCUAUAGUUAUAAAUUUAAGUGCAGAUUUUUUUUUUCUGUGUCAACAGCAAUGAGGAAUUUGUUUUCAUAAUACUUCUCCACUGCUGCAAAGUGCAGUUUUACUUUAAAUGGUAAACCUGAACCAUUCAGCCAAUCAAUACUUAAUUUAAGAUGAUUUUUUAAGAUAACAUACAAUUUAAUUAUAAUAAAUAUGGUUUAUAUUAUCCAUUGUAAUUUAGUGAACAGUAUAUUAUUAAUUAGAAUUAAUACAUAUAUAUAUCGUAAUUAAUUAAAUUUUUUUUAUAAAAUAUCCAAAUAAACAAAUUAUAAGUUACUAAUUAUAAAAAGAGUUGAUACUGAUGAUGGGUAAGCCACUGUUAUAUGUAGAAAGGUAGGAUACAUAUAAUUAUUUAAUUUAUAUCUGUACUCAAUGAUAAUCCAUUGAUAACAAAACAAAAAAUGAUUUUGAGUGAAAUUUGUUUAUAUAAUAUUUGAAGGUUAAAAUAUUUAAGAUAUUCAUUGAAAUUUGAUCUUAAAACUUUUAUAUGUAUAUAAAAAAAAAUAUACAUUACUUGGUUAUAUCAACCUCCUGUUAAAUUGUCAAGCAUUUCUGUUUGGUUAAAUAAUUAUAUUCUCAUACUACCUACUAAAACAAAAACUCCCAAAAAUAAAAUGCCUAUAAAUAGUUAAUAAAUCGUCAGAGUUUGAAAAAUAUAACCAUGUCUAAAAUUAAAAGAAGAAUAUAAAUGAAAAUUUAAGUCUAAAUAAAUAUUUUUAAACUGAAUUACAAUAAAGAAAAAAACAAAAUUAAAAAUAAUGAAACCAUUAUUUCCAUAAACUUUGCUGUUUUUUUCUGAUUUUGCUCAAUUAUUAAGAAAACUACACAGAAAAUUAAAAGACAACUUCUUUAUUAACCAAAUAGAUCUUAAUUAAAACAGAAAAGGUCUCUGUGGUUUUUCGAUUGGCGCAAUAUUUUUAAUAGAAAACAUAAUUCUUAAACAUUUUAUAAAAUAAUAAAAUCAUAACUAUAAUUUAUUAGUUUUUCAUUUUAAUUAUUUUCUGGGCUUUCCCAAUUAUUAUGAAAAUUAUUUAGAACAUCAAAAAAUGACAUAUUUCCUUAGCAACUGGGUCCAAAAUGCAACAAAAAUAGUCUUUCUUAUAUUUUGAUUGGAGCAGUUUUUCUGUUUGAAAAAUUGUUAACAGAUAGGAAAAAAACACAGUAAAACCAUAGAAUCCCAAAAAUGACGUCAUGUUAUUUAAUAAUAGCGUGUGUUUAUGUCAUUUAAUUAUUUAGCCUAACUAAGUAAGUUCUGUAAUAAAAUAAUAACUAUAAUUUAAAUUAUUUACUAUAAUUAUUAACUGUAAUUUUGGGUACUUAUUUGUUUUCUUAAUUUUCUUUUCACAACAAAAUUUUUUAUAUUUAUUUGAUAUUUUAUGUUGAGUACAAAUUACUCACUCUGUAUAAAAACACCUUGAGGGAGCUACAGGUAAAAGCAGGUACCAUGGUGUAUAAUGAUUGCAGAUGUAAUAGCUUUGAUAAAAGAAAAUCAAGAAUAAGUUUACAAUGCACUUGAAAAAUAGAGAGUAGCACUUAAAGAAAAGAAACUAAGAAUAAGUAGUAGUAAAACAGUGUACGAUUUGAAAGACCAGAACAAGACAGAUAAUGACACUAUAGGAUUAUAAAAAGGGAGGUUGAGAGUUUUAAGUACUUAGGAUCUUUUGUACAAAAGAAGGGUGGCAUUCAUAAGGAUGUAAAGCAUAGGAGGUUAGGUUAUGUUAUGUGUCGUUGGAAAAAGUGGAGAGCAGCAUCCAGUAUUUUAUAUGACUAGAAAAUUGCAAUGAGACUUAUAGAUAAACUAUACAAAAGUGUGGUGAGACCGAUUAUGUUGUCUUGGAGUCUUGAGGCAGUAGACAGAAAAUGAGUAUAGCAGAGAUCAGAAUAAUUAAGUGGAUAAGUGGAGUGACAAGAGAAGAUAAGAUUUAGAAUGAGUUGAGUCAUGGCUUCCUUGGACAAAAUGAAAGAAAAUAGACAGCAUAUAAAAAAGUAUAUAGUAUGCCAUGGGGAGAGAGAAAUCUGGAGCAGGUAUGCAUUACAAUGAAAAUAAAUGUAGAAUUAAAGACUAAAGAGGUUGAGAAUAAGAUUGAAAAAGAAAUGGAUGGAUUUGAUUAAGAAUGAUUAGAGAAAGAAAAUGUUCAUUACUUGAUGCAGUAGAGAAGUAAUUUUAUGAUUUUCCAAAUAAUUGGGAAAACUGGAAAAAAAAUUAUUAGUAAAAUGGCAAAUUAUUUAUGGUGCACCGUGGAAUUAUUGAUUUCAAACUUUUACAUUUUUUUUUAAACUUUGUUUUAUAUCAAAAAUAUUGCUCUAAUAGAGAAACAACACAAUACAUUUUUUUGUUAAAUUUUUAAUCUAGUCAGUGAGUAAGUAAUUUAUUUUAUAACCUUGUAGUUUUUUUAAUAAUUAAUCAAAACCGAAAAAAAAAGAUGUAGAAAGAACUGAAAAUUUAAGAAAUUAACAGUUUUAUUAUUUUCAAGUUGGUUUUUUGGUUUAGUUCAGUUAAAAAUAUUAUUAGAGACUUGAAAUUUGACAGAAAAUUUAUAUUUUACUUUUGUGUGUUUUUUACACAAUUUUUAUUUGGUUGGCAUUCUGCGGAUAAAAUUGAUGGACUAAAUAAAAGUGCUUGAAAAUUCAACAGGUGGUUCAUUAUAAGUUUUACUUUGUGGCUAAGAAAUACAUUUUAAUGUGUUUUUUUUAUAAGAAUUUUAUUAUUUAAUUUUGACAAAAGUUAUAAAUAUUACGACUUUUCAAAACAUCUAUAACCGAACUUUGCUUCAGAUUUUGUUUGUUAUCAAUGGUUUAUCGUUGUUCUCUAAUAUAAAUUAAAUAACUUUGUAUCCUACCUUCUCAACUUCUUACCUACCACAGUAGCAAAUCCAUCUCCAGUAUCAGUUCUUUUUUUUAUAUUCAAAUUGAUAAAAUGUUGAAUUUUAUUUCCUUUGCCUAAAAAUUGGAGGUAAGGUCCUAAGAUACAUACAUUAUAUAGAGUUAUUAAUCUAGUGUGAUACACUCAUUUCAGAAAGUAUUAAUUUUUUUUUAGAAUUUAUUGUUUUAUAGAAAAUCAAGGAAACAAUCGGCUCUACAGUUUUACAUUUAUCUUAGUUUUUUGAUACCCUAAUUUUUGAUGGCAAUCACCUACUUUUGAUUUUAAAAUGGAAACCUAUAUUAAAAUUACCAUAAAUAGAUGGAGUAUUAGUUAAAAUAAAUUGUUGAUUUUCGUCAAUCUGUUGACGAGAUAUUCUACUUUUAAGUUCGAGUCGAGGGAGAGUGUAGUGCACAGCGUUUACGUAGUCUUCCACUACUGUCCCACACUAUUUACAAAACGACAAUCUUAAAAGUGGAAUAUCUCAUAAACGGAUAAUGGAAAUUGAAAUUAUUAAUAUAUUUAAUAUAUAUUUAUUAAUAUUAUUAAUAAGUUCCUAAAAAUAAAAAUGAUAAAAAAUUAAUAAAAAUAAAAUAUUUUAGACUAUCAUAAAUUAAAUGGAUUUAUUUUUGCUCGCUUUGUUAUUUUAUCAUUAUAGAGGAUUAUCUAAAUUUAUUUUAAGUUAUGCUGUGUUUAAUAUCUGACCAAUUUAAAACUAAUAAUCUUUUAAAAAUCUACACAGUUACCUGUAGAACUUUAUAAUUUUUUGUUUAAUAUCAUAAUUAUUUUCAUUAAAGUAAUACAUGUAAAUUACAUUAUAAAAUAUUGAUUUUUAUGUACUAAUAAUAAUAAUAAUAAUAUUCGAGACGAUACUCAAAAUAAUAAUUUUCUCUAUCCAGUAGUAUAUUUUGUAAGUGCUUGCAAUGUGUUUAUACUAAUAUCGAUAUUUUAAUAAAUCAUGGAAAUUAGACAAAAUUCCAUUAAGUUAUUAACAUAAUUGUUAUUAUAUUGUUAUUACUGAUUUAGAAGAAAAAUAAUUUUAUUAUAGUAUUUUCAAAAUAAUUCUACAAGUUAAAACUGUUUUUGUACUAUUUUUAUUACUUCUAUAUAAACAUAAUAUGGUGUAUCUAGGUAUACCAAUGGUAUAUCUAGCUUUUUAUUAUUUAAGAAUAUUUUUUUGAAGUGCCUAAAAAUGUUUUUUCAGGUGAAAGGGUUAUCAUCAUUAGCUCACGAAAGCUUACAAGAUUCAAAUUCGAUAAAACCACCUUCUCUCGUCGGUAGUACAACAACUCAAACUAGAAUUUGUCAAGUUUCGUCUUCCCCUGUUCCAAUUACACCUAGAAUUGAAGAAAAUGGAAAUUAUUCUUCACCCGUUUGUAAGUCUUUUAAUUGAAAAAUGAAUAACAAUAAUUUGUCAUAACAUGAUAAAUUAAUUUAUCAUUUAUUAACUUUAGCUGUAAUAGCACGUCUGGGACUUACCAAUGAAAAACGACCAUGUGCUGGUAGAGGACGGCCCAAAGCACAUCUCCAAAGCCCAUGUUGUGAAACGUUAGGAAACAAACCUGCUCAUAUUACUUUACCACAGACAGAAUCUGCCCAAAUACUAUUGUCACUUGCGGGCUCUAACCAAUCAUAUAUAUCACCAUCAAAACAUAAAACCAAUGACAGUAGUAUGUUAGCCAUUAAUCAUCAGGAUUUUCCUAUAAGUAAUGGUUUAGACAAUAACAAUCCAAACUACAAUGAUGAACUAGACCAAAAGUAUAAACGUAAUAGAAAAAGGCCAGCGGAUUCAUUAGAAGAAAAUAGAUAUGAUAUAAAAAAGCCUAUGCCUAUUAUUGACAUCAAGACUGAUGAAGACGUUAAUCGGUCUCCUUUAUUAGCUAGCUUAUUAACCAAAAAUGAUAAACCUGAUGAAAAACCUAAAGUACAAAAACUUCAAGAAACCCAAACACAAAGUUCUGAAAGGUAUAUAAAUGCAUUAAAAGGAGCCGGUCUUCCGACUGAUAUUCCAAUAUUAAUCGAGAACGGUGAUGGUAACUACAUAACAUUAACAGAGAAUGUGUAUGACAUAUUAGCUAACGAAGACGCGCUUCAUUUUCAACUCACUGAUAACAUGAACUUGGCAAAUCUUAAGCAACCUGAAGAUAUGGUUAGUAACAUAGAAGAAGUGGCUCAGGCUAUUGCCCCAAUUGUAGAAACUAAUUUAGAAGAUCCAAUUUUAAAAAACAUCAAAAACCAUUCGCCACCAGACAAUCCGGAUGACGUGGUGCUGUAUAAAGUGGCAGAUGAUGGGAACAUAGAAAAAUAUGUUUUGACUGCUGAAGAUAUAAAAGCAUUUAAAGAAUCUAUGGCUUCAAAUCCUGAAAGGAAAAAAGAUUUGCCUCUGCUGAGUGUAUCUGAAGUGGAAAAUAAAUCUUCACCAUUAAUUACAAAGAUUUUGGAUUGUGGUAAUGAAAAGUUUUCUGAGGCUCUUUUAGGACGACUGCCCCUUAGAAAAAGGGGCACAUUUAAAUUAAAUAACUCUAGUUCCGAUUCAGAUAUAUUGCAACAAAUGAACAAUGAUUGUAAACCGUUGCCCAGCACUGUAAGUACCAUAGACACUGAUGUCGAAUAUGUUGUUGUUGGAGAAGAUAGUGUCCAAAUGGACUUGUUGGGUUCUACUAGUGGAAAUAACAAAAAUGAUCCGUUGAAAAAUAAUAAUACUCUAAAAAUAGAAGAUGUGGCAGAAGAAGAGAUGACUGAUUUAGAAGCAAUGAUGAAUAACACUAUUGAAUUUUCUGCCGAAGACGGUGAUUUUCAGAUGCAUAGCGGGGAAGAAGUUUUUUCGAAUGAUCAAAAUGACAAUCAGAAAAUGAUACUAUCCAAUGUUCUCAUGUGCACUGGUGCAGAAAAUUCCAAUUCUCAUGUCGAACACUUUGGUUUCAAAACAGAUGACAUAGAGAGCCGUAACAGUGAUUGUAAUAACCCAAAAAAAUCUAAAAUGUACGUUGACUUGGAUUUGACGGGAAGUGAUUUUAUAUCGGAACCAGUUACCGAGGAGGUAGUACUCGUCAGUGAAUUAAAUCCAAGCUCUUGAAUUUAUUUAUAUACCUAAGGAAAUCUUUUGUUAUACUCUGAACAUAGAACUGUAUAUAUUUGUAAAAAUGGGCUGUGCAAAUUUGACUAAAGAUUGCUCUUUGUCAUUAAAAUUAUUAGUGAAAACUCAAAAAUAUAUGCACGCCUUUGUACAUAUUAUACAUAAAUCAUGUAUGUAUAUAUACAUAAAAUAUAUAUAUAUAUAUAUAUCUAUAUUUAUAUAUUUCCCUCCCUUGUAGUUCUGAUUUCUAUACCAUGUGUAUUUUAUUUUAGUUUAACAUAAAUUUAUUAUUUUCUAAUUUGGUGAUUUUUAAAAUAUGUGAACAAAUAAAAUCGAAUAUUGCUUAAUUUGGCUCUUUGAAAAUGUUAAGGUAUGUUUUACUAAAAUGUUGAAACGAAAUUUGGUAUUAUAUUUUAUUAAACAUAGGAAAUAUUAGUUGCUUGAUUUCACAAUUGUUAAAAACAAAAAUCUGUCUCCCCGUGCCAUUUGUUAAUCCGUCAAUUAUGAAAGUUCACAUGUUUUCAGCUUCAUAAAUGAACAAACGAUGUUAAAACCAAAAUAAAGAUCACUGUAUCAAGUAUACAAUUAUUAUUUUUAUUAUUACUUUUGAACGCAUUUUAACUUAUGUUUUUAACUGUUGUUUUCUGUACAUAGAAUAUUAUACAACAAUAAUAUUUAUUAUAUUAUUAUUGUAUUACAUUUUUUGAUUAUCCAAAUAAUUUAUUUUAAUUAAAAAUUGUGUUGAACUGUUAAAUAAUAUUGAAUAGUGUUGUAUUAUUUUUGUUUGUUUUUUAUUUCCCUAAACAGUUUAAUGUUUACAUAACAGCGUAUGUUUGAACAUACCUUUAACCAAAUUUUUUCUCGUUGAUUUUUUACACUGACACAUUGACAAUAUUACUUGUUGGUUGUUAUAGUUGUUACCAAUUGCUAUCAUGCAUCACUAUAUAUUAUAAUUAUUUGUUGACAUAUUUUAUAAUAUCGCCAAUUGUUGUUUGUCAACAUUAUUUGCCGUCAUUGUAUGUGCACGUUUUGUAAGUUAACAUCAAUAACUUUUGACAAUAUUGUUUAUUAAAUAACAGGUUAUAUGAAAAUAUUAUAUUUUCUAGUAUAGUUUUUUUUUUUUUUUUUUUU